CCCUGCCCAGCCCAAGACAUGCGUCUAAACCUGUUCUUCAUCGCCGCCUCCAUCGCAACCAACACCUCCUCCCUCCUCGCCGGGUGGUCUCUCGACCGCUACGGGCGUCGCCUGUGCUACCUCAUCUCCGGGCUGUUCAUGAUCACCGGAUGUAUCCUCAUGGGUCUCGCCUUCCAAAUCCCCGAAUUCGACGGGUACAUCAUCGCCAACAUCCUUCUCAGCCUCGGCGGAACCUUCCUCUUCGUACCCAGCUUCCAGCUCGCGAACGCGUUCCCGAAGUACUCCGGCAUCAUAGUCGCGGUGAUCACCGGCGCUUUCGACGGGUCCGCCGCUAUCUUCCUGUUCUACCGGCUCGCGUGGGAAGCUUCAGGUCGCACGUUCGCGCCCGCGCGGUUCUUUUUCGGGUACGCUGUUGUAGGCGUAUUAUUGCUUGUAGGGGAGAUAGCGCUUAUGCCCCCGCGCGCAUACCAUUCCACCCCGGAGCUAGAGCGGAAGAUCGAGAAAGUCCUGGACGCGACGCGGGACGUGCACGAUUCAGACGAGGAGCUGCGCAGUCCGCUGGCGAUACGACGCGUUCGCAGCGCGCGCGCGGAGCGGCGGCUCUCGAAGCUGGAGCAGAUUGAGGAACUCGUCGGGUCUGAGGCGCAGCGGGAGGACCGGGUGCAGGUGGAGGAGGAACGGCACGCGGCGAGUGGGAUCUGGGGUGUGCUGCAUGGGGUGCCGGCGCACCGACAGAUGCUGACGCCGUGGUUUGUGUUGCUGCUGCUGCUUACGGUGCUGCAGAUGUUGCGGAUGAAUUACUUCAUAGCGACUGUGCGGUCGCAGUACCGGUACCUGCUACACUCGGACAUGUUGGCCGAGGAUAUAAAUCACUUCUUCGACGUUGCGUUGCCCGUGGGCGGUGUUUUCGCUACGCCGUUUAUCGGGCUACUUCUUAAUAACCUGAGCGUGGCUACUGCGAGCGCUGUGAUAACGCUGUUUAUAGUGCUGAUCGGUGUGCUGAACUGCUUGCCGCAGCUAUGGGCCGGGUACGCGACAGUGGUGGCGUUCGUGCUGUUCCGGCCGCUGUACUAUAGCGCCGUGAGCGAUUUCACAACCAAGAUCUUCGGUUUUGCGACCUUUGGCCGGAUCUACGGUACCAUAACUUGUCUAUCAGGUCUGGUCAACUUCGUCCAAUCUGGGCUUGACGCGUUGACCCAUGGUCCGCUGGAAGACGACCCAACGCUAAUCAAUGCUGUGAUGGCAGUGGGUGGAACAAUUCUUGGCCUGGCGCUGACUGUGUAUGUCAUUAUCCAGGGCCGGCUAUUCCGUGCGAAGCUACAGAAGAAUGAAGCCGCUGAAAGGGUUCAAGAGCGGCUCGGCUUGAUCCGAGAGGAGAGGGAGGCGGAGGCAAGAUACGGUACUAUCCCAUGAUGAGAAAAUGGUCGAGAAAAUGAGUCUGGUUUUGUAUAAGAGGGGAGAGAUUUGUUGAGAUAUAUGUGUGCGCGCGUAGGUGGUUUAGGCCAAGACAAAAGCAAAUGUUAGGGUACAUGCGGAGAAAGGAAAACUCCGGGUAUCGUGAGGCUUGGUUGGGAAUCAUAGCAGUCUCUUGACAACAACACGAUGCUUAAUCGACAUCGUUCAAACAAUGUGGCAUGAAGCUUUAUUUUAUUCAUAAG